AUGGCACCAGAAAUUCGCCCUACCCCCAGGAACCAUUCAGCAAUCCUCUACCAGAGUAAUUGUCAGAACCUAUAUGUUCUUGACAUUCCCGCUUCUAUCAGCCUGGCACAACAUCCUCGAGUCUCAAGCGGCGCUGCACAUGUGGACAAUCUGGAAGAAACAUCUACAAUUUUUUCUUGCCCUCCUUCGGAAAUACCCUAUUCAACCGAACCCAAGGGGGCGAAAGCAAUGCUAAGGGUCAUGGAGAGCAUUCCAAGUUGCGAAUUGGAAUAUCGAAAGCAGAUUGCAACCUUUGUCCGCGAGACAAUGUGUGAGCUGCGAACCAACUUUGUUGGGGAGUACUGUCUUCCACGGGCAGUUCAACCCAGGCUUCUGCAAAGACCGCGGAAGCGUGGUCGUGUAGAUGGAGACGCGACUGUCACGAAUGCCCAAUGUUCUAUAGAACCAGAUCUCAGCAUUACUGCCACCUGCUUCGAGGCGGAUGCACCUCCACUGGUCCUUGCCCCUGGCGUGAAUAUGCUCCCUGGACUAAAUUCUAUACAAACAGUAGCUGUCAAAAAUAAUUCAAUAUCUGCAGCUAUUUUACAAGUGAAAAACUAUUAUACUACAAGCGCUGAUGAGAAUCUUCUUGAAGAACGGAUGGGAAAAACAAUGCCAUUCCAUACGGAGCGGUUUAGGGUUCCUCCACAGGCCACUUUUGUUCUCACCCAUCUGCCAACGGAACCUAACCAUUUGCCAGAACUUCCAAUAAUAUUCUUCAAUGGGAAAAUAUUUGAUUUUAUCCUCAUGGAUCCACCCUGGCCUAAUCGGUCCGUUCGACGUUCGGCGCACUACCAAACAACACCAACUUUCAAUCACCUUCAGACGCUGCUUUGUGGUAUACUAGAGAGGAAUCUUCGUCCGGAAGUGGGAAUUGCCGCAAUAUGGACAACCAAUAAUGUCAAUUCCCGUUCUACCGCUCGUGAAUCCUUAGAGAAUUCUGGUCUACAGGUAUUUGAGGAAUGGAUCUGGGUCAAGACUACUUCCAAAGGUGUCCCGGUUUCGCCCAUUUGUGGGCUGUGGAGACAGCCUUAUGAAGUACUGAUUCUGGGUAGGAAGCCAUCAAACACACAAGACGAAAAACCUACGGUUCGACGGAGGGUAAUUGUUGGAGUACCAGAUAUACAUUCUCGCAAGCCACAUCUGAAAGAACUAGUGGAGCAGCAUUUCUUCAAUGCCGAUUAUUUAGAAGGGUAUAAAGCUCUAGAAGUAUUUGCUAGAAAUCUUACCGCAGGCUGGUGGUCCUGCGGGGAUGAGGUGCUGCGGUUCAAUUGGGAUGGCUGGUGGGCUUAG